CAUCCCUGUGAAUGAAAUGCUAAUCGGAAUGUGGCCGUAAAACCCUUCUUGGAAUUAACACUUUCCUUUUAGCAAUUACAGAUUUUUGGGAAUUACCAGUACCUGAUUCAAGAUGUCUGCAUCACCCUUGUUGUUUGCCUAACAAUGAGCCUGACCCACGCCUACCCCAAGCUGGCCCCCUACAGGCCCCCCGGGCGGCUCCUCUCUCCACCGCUGCUGCUGUCGGUCCUCUUCAACGUGUGCCUGAACCUCCUCGUCCAGGUCUUUGGCUUCCUCUACGUGAAGCAGCAGGCGUGGUAUUCACGGCUGCGCAGCCACUGUGGGUGCCCUUUGGGAAACCAGCCCGCCUGCCCGGGCAAUGGGACGGCCAAUGCCACAGCGCAGGAGCACGGCAUUUUGAGCUAUGAGCCCGCCUGCCCGGGCAAUGGGACGGCCAAUGCCACAGCGCAGGAGCACGGCAUUUUGAGCUAUGAGACGACCACCCUGUGGCCCCUCGUGACCGUCAACUGCGUCAUCAUAGCCUUCGUCUUCUCCAAGGGGAAGCCGUUCAGGAAGCCCGUCUACACCAACUAUAUCUUUUCUGGCAUGCUGUGCGCCCAACUUGCGGUCUCCCUUUUCCUCUUCUUUGCCGACCUGGAUGCUGUCUACAAGACGAUGGAGCUUCUCUGCACUCCAACCAUCUGGAGGGUCUACGUCCUGAUUAUGCUCCUGGUCACCUUCCUGGUCUCGUUCUUGGUGGAGGACGGCAUCCUGCAGAACCGACGCCUCUGGCUGCUGAUCAAGGCGCUCUUCCGAUUCCGAUCUUCCAGCCGGUACCGCGUGCUGCAGCGGCAGCUGGAAGGGGAUGCGACGUGGCCUCCCCUAAGUGGGCGAGACUUAGCAGAAGACGGAAGCAGCCCGGCCUACCUCAACCCCGCCUAUGAGCCGGAGGAGGCCACAGGCUACCUGGGGACCUGCACCGGGAGAGCCAGCAGCGGCUGUGCGCAGCCAGAGGGGAGCAGCCCCGGUGCUUUGCCCACCAAGCCCUUCAACAGGGGUGGCGCCACUGAGGAUCAGGAUGCACAGGAGAUCCCUCACCGGCGCCCAUCCUGCAUCUAGCCCUGCUCAGAAGGGACCCCUCCCCAUUUGGUUGCGCCCGGGUCGGGGAGGAAACUGGCCCAAGGACCCAGCUCCUCCCCAAGGAGAACUGAGCGGGUGAAGCUGUUUCAGGUCUCCUAAACAGGCUGCUAAGGUCCCCCGGUGCAAAAUAAAGUCGU